UCGAGGCGCCAAUUGCAAUAGCCUACUAGUCUACAUGAGACUUCGUGAGAAAUGUGUUGCAAACAGGGAAAUGUGAACCAUGUGAACAGGAGAACAGAUGGAGAUUAAAGACGCAACAAUAAAGAGUAAGGACCCACUGAUGUCCCCAACAUCCAACCAUGGCCUCAACCUCAUGUGCAAACUUGUGUUGGGGGUGUCUGUAUGUGCUGGCAUUCUCUUUUGCUACCUCAACUGGGAUGGACAACUGGGAGCCAGACUAACACCUCCUUAUCCAAGUGGGAGGACUGCAAAGACACGGUGUGGUCACCUAGAGGUGACAAACCCUCUGGUCCACGUCAGUGACUCCAGGACUUACUUAGUGUCAUCAUAUUUGGAGCAUCGGUCGGAACACUCUCUAAUUCGCACAAUUGCUAUUGUGAAACGCGAGGAGAAGCCUAGCUAUUCCUGCAUGUUUUGCUGUCAUGAAGAACUUCAAAAUAGCAGCGCCAGGUACGAGAUCCACUCUGACCACUUCGGGUUUGACUACGGCACGGCGGACAUCUUGUGCUCAGUCCCUGAAAAUUGCUUGAUGCCCUCACACAUUGCAAUUUACACAGGGCCCCUUAGGGGCCAAAAACCUGUUCUCCCCAUUCGUAACCAACAGGAACACCAGGAGUCCUUCCCUUACCAGUUUACCGUCUGCAUCUCGGUGAUGUACGACUACACCAACAUCAUGCAGUUGGUGCAGACCCUGGAGAUGUUCAGAUUGCUAGGAGCCCAACACGUGGCCAUCUACAAGUCCAGCUGCAAUGCGGCCACACAGAGAGUGCUGGAUUACUAUGUUCAGGCUGGCUUUGUUGAGAUCAUCCCCUGGCCCAUAACCGAGUAUAUUAAAGUGUCACGAGGCUGGCGGCAUUCAGUCUCUCCCGGGGACCUGCAAUACUUUGGGCAAAUUGCGGCGCUGAACGACUGUGUGUACCGCUUCAUGUACCAGACGCAGUACGUGGUGCUGCAGGACCUGGACGAGAUCAUCGUGCCGCUCACGGUGGACACCUGGACGGAACUGCUGCCACUGCUGGAACAGCAGUACGGCCGCCACAUCAGCUUCGAGUUUGAGAACCACGUGUUCCGGAACACGGUGAGCAGGAGGAACGCAGCGUAUCGGCCGACGGAGUGGCUCGGGGUCGCCGGCGUGGACAUCCUGGAUCACGUGUGGCGCAAGCCAAACAACCCAAAUGCCUUCAAAAACUUCAAGGUGAUCGUGAACCCCCGGAUGGUGUACCGCACAACCGUGCAUGGCCUUCUAAGGUCGGACUGCAAAGGGGUCCGCGUGGACCGUGAUGUGGCCCGGAUGUACCAUAUCAAACCUGAUGUCACCGAUGAUGUCACCGAUGACAAACUCAUUCAGGACGAGCGGCUUUGGGAUUAUGCCCCUCGUCUCAUUCCUGCUGUUUCAGACGUUCUGAAAAAGACCUCUCCAAGAUAGUGUUUGCUGUGCCACAAAUGAGAUUUAAUUCGUUUUCUUUUACAAUCAAAGUGUUUUGGGGUUUUUCAUGUGAGAAACAUACAACAAACACCUCACAUUUAACAUCACAUUCACUACACUAUACACACACUACACAACAAUCAGGGCAAUAAAGACAGACAAAAAAUACACAAUUGAAAUAAAUAAAUAAAAUAGAAAAAA